AUGGAUCAACAAUUCCUUAAGAUUACCUAUCAUUCGGGUGCCAAGAAAAUGAAUGCCUAUUUAAAAAUGCCUUCACCCACUUAUCAUGUCCUGAAGAAGGAAAUCGAAAUGUGUUUGUUUGUGGAACGCAAACAGCCACGUUGUGAAAUUCGUACCUAUUGGAUAGUGCUUCUCUGCUUUGCCAAUUUCCUAAAAGCUACCUCCCCAUCAAAAUCAUCUAAUGACAUUGCGGGCAAAAGUUCCUUACAAUUGACAAAGUCUCUGUCACCCUGGGAUAUUACAAAAAUAUCAAAUAAAAAUGCCAAAAGCUCUAAGAAAACCGAAGAAUCUAAUGAUUAUGAAGAGGACUAUGACGACAGUGAUGGUGACGAAGAGGGUGGUUAUGAAAAUGAGAAUGCUGGUGGCGGUAAACAUGGUUCACGUCAAAGAAAUAUUAACAUUAUCAAAAGAGUAGGCACCACCUAUGCCUGGGGUCGCUGGGAGAAAUGGAGUAGAUGUUCAAAUUCUUGUGUGCAAAUACGAAAAAGACAAUGCAUUAAAAGAAUACAAAAUACCACCGACUCUGAUGCUUUGGAAAUCACUUUCUAUCCCGAUUUAGCCGACAAGACCACCGGCUGUUUUGGCAUUAUGAAGAAAUACCGCCUGUGUAAAGAUGAGAAAUGUAAAUUUAGCAAUCGUCAAAUGCGCGAUGAACAAUGUUCGGCCUAUAAUCGCCAGCAGUAUAAAGGAAAAUUCUAUACAUGGCAGGGCUAUGAAAAGGAACAUAAUGAAUGUGAAUUGUAUUGUAAACCUAUUGAUUCCGAUAUAUUCAUUAGUAUGAAUCAAUCAGUAACUGAUGGGACACCAUGCGAGAAACCAGCCGUUUAUUAUACACAUUACUAUCGACGCAAGGCGGUCUGUGUGGAGGGUAUAUGCAAGACUCCAGUGCACAAAUUCUUAACGCCGUGA